AUGUCCAACCCCCGCGAAACCCUCCGCAUAGCCCACACCGCGCGCUGCAAGCUCCAAAUCGCCGCCGACCGCCCCGACCGCAAUUUCCGCUUCAUCCUCGGCCACGCGCUCACACUCGACAAAGUAAUGCUACGAGUCGCCGAGAUCGAGACCUCCAGCUCUUCCUCCGAUGGCGACGACUCCAUCUCCGACGACGAACCAGCACAGCCAGUGCCCCGACGCGUAAGCUUUAGUGGAGACGUGAAAGGGAGGCAGGGUGGUGCGCGAGGGGGAGGGGGAGGGGCCAGGAGAAGUCCGCCACCGCCCGCUGAGCUGGGGGAUGCUGAGGAGGACGUGGAAGAUGAUGAUGAGGAUGAGGAUAGUGCGCCCCUGCAGCGUUUCCCGUCCGCGAGUGCGACGCCGGCGGGACGGACGGCGUAUCGAGAUGGCGAUGAGUUGUCGGAAGAGGAAUUGAGGGGAAUUACGGCCGGGCAUGGGAAUGCGGAGUUGGUGGAUGCGUAUAAUCAUGUUGCGGGGUGUCGGUGUCAUGGGCAGAAAGGGCUGGUGGCGGAGAAUGUGUGGGAGAUACCUUCUGCGAUGGAGAAGGGGGUGGGGGCGGGGCCGCGGAUGGCUGUUGUGCAGGUACAGGCUUGA